GGGGGGAGAGAGGCAGAGACAAAGAGCAAGCGAUCGUCUUGUUCUCUCCCUUAAUUCCAUCUUUUGUGCGUUAACGGCAAGGAACAUCGGCACAUUUCACAGGGGUUUACAGUGCUUACAUCAACGAGAGGAUAUUUUAUUCCUGUUUAUCGACAAUGGUUAUCAAGAGUCCAUCACCACGUUCUACGGAGCUGGAUGCCGCAGGUUAUGGUCGCUGUGGAGGGUUCCUAGGGGUUAACAGUGAUGAUAACGGCGAUGCCGAGCAUCCACCUCGUGCUUGCAGCACACCACAACCAGCACCGCUGGCACACAGACAGACGUCCAACUACAUAUCGGCACUGCGUAAGCACUCGUCGAAGGACCUGAGCGAGAUCAUCAGCAGGGUGAAGCGCCACUGGGAGACGGGGGGCUCUGCGGAGGCCAGUAGCGCGGUGGCCGAUGCUAGUGCUAGCUCCACCAAGGACAGCGCUGGCGAUGCAGAUACCCGUCAGAAUACCCGUCCAGACAUGGCGGUUGCAUCGAACAACGGUGUUGAUCCACUGGAUAAGACCGCCCAUGGUGUGGCGGCGACACAGGAGACGUCGGAGACGUCGUACCAGCGGUCAUCACCAUCUUUUGUACAGGCAACUGUGCAGCCACAUUACAGCCCAGAGGACACCAAGAGACUAAUGCAGCGGAAGAGCAUUGACCUGGAUGCUGCUGCUUCAGAGGAACAGUUUGGCAUCAAGUAUGGCGGGCUGAGACGCUCAUCGCUGGAUGAUGACGAGGAUGACGAGGGAUUGCAAAAGUUCAAGGCGUACCAUGAUGCGGCGAUUGAAGAGUUGAGGAGACGGACCGUACAGGAGGAGGACGAUAACAAGUCAUGCUUCCAUUCGAAUCAGCUGAAUGAAAAGAUCCAGGAUGCAGAAUCAGCGGGAUACUUCCCUCAGUCAUUUGAAUACAACGAUUUUAAGAGAAGAAUGAGCUACCACAACAGAAACGAUUGAGACGUGGGAAAAAAGGUGACAGAAACGCUGUUUCAGCUACGUAUGAAGGAGGGAGUAU